AUGGCGACCACCGCCAGCGCCGACGCCUCCCCGGCCGCACAGGCGAAGCGCCGCGGCCGCCCCCCCAAGGCCCCGCUGGCGGCCGAGGCGGCGGAGGUCGAGGCGCCGAGGACCCCGUCGCCCGUGUCCCCGCUGACGGCCGCGGCGGAGGGCUACGAGCGGGAGCGGGAGGCGAGGAUCAAGGAGAACAUGGAGCGGAUGCAGAAGCUCGGCCUCGUCGACCUCGCCACCCGCUUCAACCAGUCCGCCACCCCCGCCGGCACCGGCACCGGUCGCGGCCGCUGGCGUCGGAGGCCGGAGACGCCGGGCUCCCCCGACGCCGCCGCUCCCAGGAUCAGGACCGCCUCCCCGAUGCCGGCACGCCGGUCUCUCAGGUUGAAGAGCGUGGAGCCAGUUAGAUAUGUUGAAAUUUGUGAAAAGAGGGAGAAGGGUCUUGAUGGUGGAAGGCAUUUCUCUAUUGAGGAAGGGUGCAAGGAAGAAGUUUACACUGAAGAGCAUGAGAAGCUUUUAGGUACAUGUGCCACACCCUGGACUCUCUUUGUGGACGGUUAUGGCAAGGAUGGGAAGCGCAUCUAUGAUCAAGUGAGGGGCCAAACCUGUCAUCAGUGCCGCCAGAAAACUCUGGGUCAUCAUACAAGAUGCUGUAAUUGCCAGAUUGUCCAAGGGCAGUUCUGUGGAGAUUGUUUGUACAUGAGGUAUGGUGAGAAUGUGCUGGAAGCUAAGAGCAAUCCUAAUUGGACAUGUCCAGUUUGCCGUGGCAUUUGCAAUUGCAGCAUCUGCAGAACUAAGAGAGGAUGGUUCCCUACUGGUAAUGCGUACCGGAAGGUUGUCAGGCUUGGGUACAAAUCUGUGGCACACUAUCUCAUUGCAACAAAUCGGGCAGGAGCAAACUCAGGGGAUUCAAGCUCAGCUGACUCCUCAAACGAGCUGCCAUCUGCUGAUGAGGUCUCUGAGCACGCACCAGUUGCCAAGCAGGAUGCUGAUCUGAGCAGCAACACGAUGAAUGAUGCUGGUGAAGUUGAGCAGAAGGAAGGAAGAAACAUGAAGAAGAAGGCAGCAGCUGUCAAGGAUGAAGCCAAGGCCCCGAGGAAGAAGAUCACUGCUGAUGUGGUCUGCAAGGAUGAUGGCAGGAGCGAGUCGGGGGUGACAUUUGAUAACCUGGAAUGUCACCAGGAUGUCGGCUGCGUCACUCCAUCUAAGCCGGAGUCGAAGAAGAAGAGGAAGUGGGUCGAAGCAAGAAGCCCUGACUGCGUCGCGAGCAGGCUGCGCUCCCGGUCUGCUCCCAAGUCAUGA